UUACUAAAUAAAUUAGUGUAUAUAAAUGAAAUUAAAAAAAGUGAACUCACAAAUAAUUUAAUUGUAUGCAUCUUUAAUACAAACAAAAAAUGGAAAUGGAGACUUUGGCCGAUGUAGUAUUUUUGGUAGAAGGCUCUGCAGCCAAUGGUGCAUAUAUCAAUGAACUGAAAACUAAUUACAUUGUUCCAACUUUGGAACACUUCAGCCAGGGACCUUUAGAAGACCGCGAAUAUUUAAUAUCGGAACGUUAUUCUACACAAUAUUGUGUAGUACUCUAUCGUACCACUGCGAAUUUACUUGAGCCAAUGUGCACUACAUUCGGUCCAUAUGCAUCGCCUCAAAAAGUAAUGGAUCUUUUUGAUCGUCUGCCUUUGACUGGCGGUGGCAUGGAAUCAUGUGCAAAUUUGGCAGAAGGUUUAGCUACAGCUCAUAUAUGUUUUGAUGACAUGAAAGAGCAUCGGACACGUUAUAAUAAGGAUGGAAAUUUAUCGACUCAAAAACAUUGCAUAUUGAUGUGUAAUAGUUCGCCAUAUUCAAUGCCGGUUAUGGAAUGUUGGAAAUAUACAGGAAAAACAGUGGAACAAUUAGCUGGACUUUUUCACGAACGUAAAAUAAAUCUUUCUAUUAUUGCACCACGUAAAAUACCGGUAUUAUUUAAAAUUUUUAUGAAGGCUGACGGAGAUCAGCCUUUAACGGCAAAGAAAUAUGCCAAAAAUAUUAGACACUUGGUGUUGCUAAAGGGCUACCAUCUCAAAGAAAGGCCACAAAGUCCAAAUAGUGCAGCAGCUAACAUGGGGAACCAGGCAAAUCAAGUGGUUGGUGGUCCAAAUCAACAACAACAACAGCAGCAACAACAACAACAACAAAAGAAUGCUCAACAGCAGCAGCAGCAAAAUACUGGUUUGCCAAUGGAUAAUACGCAUGGUACACCUCAACAGCAACAGCUUCAACAACAGCAACAGGUAGCUCAAAUGGGUGGCAUGAAUCCAAAUCAGCAACCAGGAAAUCCACUUAAUCAGCAACUACUGCAACAGCAGCAACAACAACAGCAGCAACAGCAACAGUUUGGUGGACAAAAUCCAAUGCAAAAUCCUAAUUUCCAAGGUCAAGGCAACCGCUGGGUUUUCAAUCCCAAUCAACAACAGCCUCAAGCACGGCCACAAUUUUUGCCCAAUGCACCCGGCGGACCUAUGGUCCCAAUGGGGGGGCCAGUCAAUCAAGGCGGCAUGCCUGUACAAAAUUCGGCUUUAAUAUCACAACUUAGCGCUCCACCCAAUCAAAAUGUUAAUCCGAUGAUGCAGCAACAACAGAUACGCAUGCAAAUGUUGAAUCAACAACAGCAAAUGCAACAACUUCAACAGCAGCAGCAGCAACAACAACAGCAAAAUGUCAUGAACCCAAACAUGUCAGGACCUGGAGGACCGAAUCCUCAGCAGCAGCAAGUUCCAGUUUCUGCCAACAAUCAGCCCAAUACUUCGAUGGCCAACCAACAAAAUCCUGGCCCAUCUUCAGAUCAAGCCGUUAUGCGUGAUAAAAUUUGGUCGGGUGCCUUAGAGUGGGUAGAGAAAAGUAAGCCUGACCAACAGAAAAUACCCCGUACUCUACAAUGUACUGUAACCGCCAACAUCAAAGAUGGAGAGCCUGAAAUAAAGGCAAUCAACUGGCCAUCCAAACUACUCAUGCAGCUAAUGCCUAAACAUUUGGUCGGCAAUAUAGGCGGUCAAUUUCUCAAAGACUCUAAAAUGGUGGUGUUUAAACCGCAACCAUGUGAGGCCCUAGAUGCCCUGGCCAAAAAUAUGACAACUAUAUUUGCCGGCUGUGUGCACUUUACGACGCCACCCAAUAUGCCUGCAUGUGAUAUUAAGGUUUUGAUUCUCCUAUAUACAGCUGAAAAGAAUGCGUUCCUUGGAUUUAUACCCAACAAUCAAUCGAUGUUUGUGGAACGUUUACGCAAAGUCAUUCAGCAGAAACAAUCGAUGGGUAUGCAACAAACGGCUGGAGGUGGACCUAAUAGCAUGCAACAACAACAACAGCAGCAGCAACAACAACAGCAGCAGCAGCAACAAGGUCAACAACAAUUACAAAAUCCAAUGGCUGGUCAAAUCUCCAGUAACAUGAAUCCUCAACAACAGCAGCAGCAGCAACAAGAUCCAAGCCAACAACAACAACAGCAUUUCAACCAAUACAAUCCACAGCAACAGAUGAAUAUGCAAAUGGCUGGUGGUCCAAUGAAUCAACAAAUGAUGGGCGGACCACCCAUGUCCGGUGGCCCCGAUCAGAUGGUAGGCAAUAAUCCUAUGCAACAACAACAAAUGACAAUGAUGCAGCACCAACGUAUGCCCAUGAUGUCUGGAGGUAAUCCCAAUAAUCCCCAGCAACAACAAAUGCCUCCUCAACAAAUGCAACAACGCAUGGUCCGACCCAUGAUGAAUAACAAUCCCGGUCUAAGACAUUUACUUCAGCAACAAUCCACACCCGGUCAACAAUUUCGCCCGCAAAUGGGUGGCGUUGGCGUUGGCGGUGGACCGGGUGGUGUGCCAAUGGGUGGCGGCGGUAUGCCCAAUCCUAAUCAAAUGACCGGUGGUCCAGGAGGCCCUGGUGGUGGUCCAAAUCGUCCAUUCGACGAUAACUUUGAAUAUAUGUAAACAUUUUUGAAAUAUCAAUGUUUGUUUUCCAUUUCAUAAUGCCUCACAUCGUAUUAUCUUUAAGUAUCUCUACACAUUUUGAAACUUUAAUAAAGUUUAAAACUCAAUUAACCACUAAA